AUGACGCUGGGCGGGGGCGUCGCAACCGUCGCGCAGGCGCUGGACGAGCGCCUGCCGCAGAUUCACGCUGGAGUGCACGCUUCUAAGCCGCAGAAUGUCGAUCGGCUCGCGCCGCAGGAUGCACUUGCGUGCGUCGAGCGCGAGGCGGCGUCGCUCGUCGACGCCCAUCGCCAGGCGCGCGACGCGUGCGUCGCGGCAAAGGAGACGGACAGCACCGACGCGCCGGCACUGUACGAAGAGGCGCUGGCGGGUGUAGUGUGGGCCAAGGUGCACAACUACCUCAUGCAGGGCUCGGUAGAGCAGCUCGACGAUCUCGUGGAGCGCUUCGACAUAGCGCUGGCUUUGCAGCGGCUCGGUGUCGCGGACCCUACGCUUCCUAUGGCAGCUCUGGAAGACUGGAUGGAGCGCUCGACGAUCGCCGAGUGCAUGGCGCUCUUUGACUAUGCGGAAUCGCGCGCGGCUUUCCUGACCGAGAAUAUGGCUGCCAAUGGAGGCAAAGGACUGGUCCUUCUGCGGCUGUGUAACGAGCUGCUUCGUCGUCUGUCCAAGGCGCAUCAGUCGCAAGCCGUCUUUGCGGGGCGCAUCCUCACCUUUCUCUCCUCGCACUUUGCCAUCGGCGAGCGGAGUGGUGUGAAUCUCAAAGGCGAGUUCCACGUCGAGAAUGCCACGUCCAUCGAGGCUGUGGAAGUGCCGGAAUCCAUGGACGAGGACGACGCAUCUGCCGAGGGCCAGGCAUCCAACCCCCACUUUUAUACCCUGUUUUGGAGCCUGCAGCAGUUCUUUGCGCGGCCUGUGCACCUCUUUGACCAGGCGACCGACACGCCUUGCGCCGAGGCCGUCGCUGCGAUGCACCUCGGCGACGAUGUGCGCGCCCCGAUGAAGGCUUUCCAGCUCGCAUCCGAAUGUGUCCUCUCGGUGCUGCAACACUACAACAAGGCAGAGGCACACCCGACGAGCGAGGCCAAGCUCGACACGUACAGCACCGAGGCGUUUUACCCCAAGUACCUCAGCGGCCGCCCGCUGCUGGCCUAUGAGCUGAGCGACAUCUUGUUCCGCCGGCACAUCCUCACGCAAUUCCUCGUCCUCUUCCAGUUCCUCCUAGGAUGCACUGCGACGAGCCGCGAAAAGAAUGGGGGGUGGGCCAACAAGCUCCUCAUUCCGCCCCACGAGCUGUCCGAAGCCGACGAAAAGUGGACGCGCCGCGCGUGGCGCCAAGUGCAGACGCAGCUGAAGGAGACCGGAAAGGACGGCCGCGAAUUUCUGGGUACGGUCCUCGGCGUGCUCAAGCGCGAAAACAGCUGGAUCCAGUGGAAGGGCGUUAGUGCGCCAGCACUAGAGAAGGAGGCGCUGCCGCCGACCGACUCGGAGGCAUGGGCCGAAAAGGCACACGCUGCUUUUUCGGCGCGCCUGGCUCAGUACCCUCACGCGCUGGGCACACCGGCGCUGAGCAUGCUAUGGGAGGACGGGUUCGUGCCGCAGGCGCCGUCGAGCGUCCAAGUGACCGACGAAGAGGGCAAUCCCAAGACGCUCGCGACCGACGGUCUCGAGGAGCUCGAAAUGCCGCCGAUGCUGCCUUCUCUUACGUCGCUCAGUCGCUCGUUGCACAUGGAAGAGCAGCGCGCGAAGCAGCGCCGCGCUGCGUUGGGCGACGAAAUGGCGGACGAGGCAAUGGCGCAUAUCCAGAAUACCAAGCAGAGUCUUACCUGGCGCGCGCUGCGCAGUGCAGGCAAUGCGCGCCUGCAUUUGAUGGCGCACAUGAACGGCAUCGACGAUAUUCCAGGUCUGCUGCAAGCUAUCCACGACGAGGAGCAGAACGAGCCGUACGACGCGCCAAUUCUGCGUGAAGCCAACGAGGCGGAAGAGAAGGCUCAGCGCGAUGCCGAGGCGGAGGCCAAGGAGAAGGAGGAGAAGGAGCGGGAGGAGAAGGAAAAGGCCGAGAAAGAGGCCAAGGAGAAGGAAGAGAAGGAGAAGGCGGAGAAGGAGGCGAAGGAAGAGGCAGAAAAGGAGGGCGGGGAGGCCCAGGGCGAGGAGGAUGAGGCGGAGGCCGAGGAUGUCGAUGCCGAUGCCGACGCCGAUGCCGAUGCCGACGCCGAUGCUGAUGCCGAUGCCGACGCCGAUGCCGAUGCCGACGCCGACGCCGACGCUGAUGCCGACACCAACACCGACAAUGCACACGAGCACGACGACUCCCAGCCCACAAGCACCGAGCCUGCGACGUCGGCUGACCCGUCUGACACGGCCGAUCCCUACGCUGAUCACGAUACCGAUGACGAGGCCGGCGACGUCUCGCACAUGCACGUCGACCACGAGACCUCGUCCGUGCAUACGGCCGACGAGCGCUCGGUGGACGAGACGCACGAUGCGGACGCGACCUUUAUGACCGCCCCCCACGCCGGCCGAUCGAGCGAUGUGGAAUCCUCGCGCGAAUCGACGCCUGUUCCUCUACGGUCGGAAGCCUAG